CCUCAAGGCCAACUUCCAGGAAAAGCUAUCCAAAACCCGAAAGAGUACCACCAAGCUCAAAGUAUUACCCUUCGCAGUGGCAGAAAACUCCCAUCUCAAACAGGACCUACUGCAAUCACUGUGGACAGUGAUGAACAAGAUGGGGAGGACUUCUGUGAACCAGAGAUUCAAGCUGAGCAGAAGGAAGAGGAAGACAAGAUCCAAGUUCAACCAGAGUUACAAGCUAAACCCUCGACUGAAAAAGCAACAGUUCCUGAAGCAAAGAAGCCAGUGUUCAUCCCACCUCCUUACAAACCUAAACUUCCAUUCCCAGGAAGGUUCAAGAAAGAGGUUGUGGCGAAGUACAAAGCAAUUUUUGAUAAACAAAUGAAGGAGAUCGAAGUGAAAAUGCCUUUACUCGAUGUUAUUGCUCUCAUACCUCAGUCCCACAAGUUUUUGAAAGAUCUGGUAAAUGAAAGAAUCAAGGAGACUCGGGGGAUGGUGGUACUAACUCAUGAGUGCAGUGCUCUCAUACAAAGGAAGGCUGUCAUGGAAAAGCUCGGUGAUCCAGGAUGCUUCACUCUGCCAUGCUCCCUUGGUCCAUUCGCUUUCAAUAAUUGUCUCUGCGAUCUUGGAGCAUCUAUCAGCUUGAUGCCACUCUCCUUGGCUAAAAGAUUAGGAUUCACGAAGUUUGAACAAUGCAAUAUCGCUAUGAUUUUGGCUGACAGGUCUGUGAGGUAUGCUAAUGGUAUCUUAGAGGAUUUACCUGUCAGAGUUGGAGAUGUGGAGAUUCCUACUGACUUCGUAGUAUUGGAGAUGGAUGAAGGACCAAAGGAUCCUCUGCUUUUGGGAAGGCCAUUCUUGGCAACAGCUGGAGCAAUCAUUGAUUGCAAGAAAGGUCAGAUAGAGCUAAACCUUGGUAAGGACUUCAAGAUGAACUUUGACAUUAAAGAUGUCAUGAAGAAGCCUACCAUAGAAGGGCAACUGUUCUACAUAGAAAGGAUGGAUCAGUUGGCAGAUGAGCUACUUGAAGAGCUCAAUGAACAGGAUCAUCUUCAGAGUGCUUUGACAAAGAAUGGUGAAGAUGGGUACCUACACUUGGAAACUGAAGCUUAUCAGAAGAUUUUGGACUCUCACAAAGAGGAAGAAGGAUCUGCAGUCUUUGAGGACUUGAAAGCUCUACAAGCAGUGAAUGUCAAGUGUGCAGACCAAGCAGAAAAUCAAGGUUUGAUGCUUUCACUCGACCUGCAAAGCUCUACAAGCAGUCCUGCGCCUGAUGACUGGACUGAACUCAAAGCACCAAAGGUAGAACUCAAACCUCUACCAAAAGGGCUAAGGUACGCUUUCUUAGGCCCUAACUCUACUUACCCUGUCAUAGUAAAUGCUGAGCUUAGCCAUGAUGAAUUGGAAAUGUUGUUAACUGAACUGAAAAGGUUUAGAAGGGCAAUAGGGUAUUCACUAGAUGAUAUUAAAGGGAUUUCUCCUAGUCUAUGCACACAUAGGAUUCAUCUUGAAAAUGAAGCAUACUCUAGUGUAGAACCCCAGCGUAGAUUAAACCCAAACCUGAAGGAGGUAGUCAAGAAAGAAAUCCUUAAGUUGCUAGAUGCUGGUAUUAUCUAUCCUAUCUCUGACAGUACAUGGGUUUCACCUGUACAUUGUGUUCCUAAGAAGGGUGGGAUAACUGUAGUGAAAAACGAAAAAGAUGAGUUCAUCCCCACUAGGACCAUUACAGGGCAUAGAAUGUGCAUAGACUAUAGGAAGUUGAAUGCUGCAUCUAGGAAAGAUCACUUCCCAUUGCCUUUCAUUGAUCAAAUGUUAGAAAGAUUGGCUAAUCAUCCUUACUACUGUUUCCUUGAUGGGUAUAGUGGAUUCUUUCAAAUCCCUAUACAUCCAAAUGAUCAGGAAAAGACCACUUUUACUUGUCCUUAUGGCACAUUCGCCUACAGGAGAAUGCCUUUUGGUCUUUGUAAUGCACCUGCUACUUUUCAGAGGUGCAUGACCUCUAUUUUCUCGGAUUUGAUAGAGGAGAUGGUGGAGGUGUUCAUGGAUGACUUUUCUGUGUAUGGCUCCUCCUUCUCCUCCUGUUUGUUGAAUCUGUGCAGGGUACUUACCAGGUGCGAGGAAACAAACUUGGUGCUGAACUGGGAGAAAUGCCACUUCAUGGUCAGAGAAGGAAUAGUCCUUGGGCACAAGAUUUCCGAGAAAGGGAUAGAGGUUGAUAAGGCCAAAGUUGAGGUUAUGAUGCAGUUGCAACCCCCAACCAAUGUGAAAGAUAUCAGAAGUUUCCUUGGGCAUGCAGGGUUUUACAGAAGGUUUAUCAAGGAUUUCUCCAAGAUAGCCAGACCUCUUACCAGGUUGCUCUGCAAGGAGACAGAGUUCAUCUUUGAUGAUGAAUGUUUGGAAGCCUUCAAGCUUAUCAAGGAAGCUCUGAUAUCUGCUCCAAUAGUCCAAGCACCUAACUGGGACUAUCCUUUCGAGAUCAUGUGCGAUGCUUCUGAUUACGCAGUUGGAGCUGUUCUGGGACAGCGAAUUGAUAAGAAGUUGCAUGUCAUCUACUAUGCAAGCAGGACCCUUGACGACGCACAAGGAAGAUACGCCACCACUGAGAAGGAGUUGCUGGCAGUAGUGUUUGCAUUUGAGAAGUUCAGGAGCUACUUGGUUGGUUCAAAAGUGAUUGUCUACACGGACCAUGCUGCACUGAGGUACAUCUACGCAAAGAAGGACACCAAGCCUAGACUUCUGAGAUGGAUACUUCUUUUGCAAGAGUUUGAUAUGGAGAUCCUCGAUAAAAAGGGGAUUGAGAAUGGAGUCGCUGAUCACCUCUCAAGAAUGCGGAUUGAAGACAUGGUCCCCAUUAAUGACUCAAUGCCUGAAGAGCAACUAAUGGUGUUUGAGACUCUGAAUAAGAGUACAUACGCCGGGUUAGAGUUGGAGAUGGUUGAAGCACUGUCACUGAAGGAAGACAAGUUUCCAUGGUAUGCAGACCUUGUCAACUACUUGAUCUGUGGAGAGGUUCCCAAGAGUUUGGACAGCUACAACAGGAAGAAGUUCUUCAGAGAUGUCAACCACUACUUCUGGGAUGAGCCUUACUUGUUCAAGAGAGGGUCUGAUGGUCUGUUCAGAAGGUGUAUAGCAGAAGAGGAAGUACAGGGUGUGCUUGAGCACUGUCAUGGGUCAACGUAUGGAGGACACUUUGCUGCAUUCAAGACGGCCUAG